AUGGCGCGAGCUGCAGGUUAUCAUCAACAAGCAUCCGAAAUUGCGAAGCUGAGCAGGGAAGCGAUAACGGAAAAUUUGAAAGGGAGAGGAGCAGCAGUUAUGGACGAGGCCGUUGAUACCGGGAAUAGCAUUCGCAAAGCCCGACAAGGCUUCGCCAAUUGUAAGACCAAGAUGGCUUCCCAUCCGAAAUUGGGCAUGCCAUCACGUCGAUAA